AUGUUGGCUCGUGAGGAGGGCGCCACACCAGUCGCAGAGCCACCUGCUACUGCAGGCGGCAUAAUGUCUGCAAGAAUGGGGGCAUGGCUGCGCAAGCACUGGUUUUUCUUCGCCACCUUCGUGGGCAUCUCUACUGGACUUGCAUUCGGGCUGGUGCUCCAACAAAUUCAUCUCUCGGCUGCACAAAAACUGUGGAUUGUAGUCGCUGACAUGAACUUAAGCAAGGAGAAGAGACUUGGAGUGGCCGCUGCAGCAUUCAUCCUUUCGGCUAACAUUAUCUCCUCAAUUCUCGGUUUCGUGUCGGUUCUACCAAUUAAGACGAAAUCGGAUAGUCCUGCAACUUACAAUGGCACAAUUCAAGAGGAAUAUGGACAUCAAAUUCCCUACAUCUUUCAAGAUCUCCUGCUAAACGCCUUUCCCGCUGAUCUGAUGAAGCUGUCUAUUGCUCAUGUAAGGAAACUAAGCCUCAUUCGCUUCUCACGAGUUCGAACAGGUGGUCAAACUUUAUCGACUAGAGUUCGCCUGACGUAUUGCCUCCCACGUAUAGGCAUCCUCUUUUGUUCAGUCGCUUUUGGACUUGCUGCUAAUGCGGUGAAUGAGGAGGCGCAACCCCUGAAACAGUUCUCUUUAGCUCUCUACGAGUCCACACCUGUGCACCGCCGAUCGAUAAUCGAACACCGACUGAGCUCCGCUAACGGUGUACGUGCAACACCAGUUGGAGUGUUUUUCAUGGUGAUGAGCGCGGUGGCAGAUGUGCGUGACAUGGAGGGCACAUUUGAGCGACUCGCUCUCUUCCUUGCCACCCAUCUGGCAGCCCAAUUCGUCCACUUCCUCCUAAUCAAUUUUUCCUUUGUACUGGUCCGUGAAAACCCCUUCCAUCUACUCAAACACUGCCUUUCCUCCUGGCUCAUUGCCGUGGCAACUGGAAGCAGAAUGGUUGGAAUGCCGCAUUUCUACCAAACCUGUGACGACUAUGGACUGCCAGAAUCAGUGUCCCGUUUCGUUCUGCCGUUGUCCUUGAUGCUAAAAGCUGACGGCUCGGCUAUUUUUAUGACCAGUGCUUCGCUCUUCAUUGCUCAACUUGAAAACGUCCAACUGGACGGCAUUAAGUUCUUCAUUCUCAUAGUUUUAACAACGGCGCACGCUAUUGCCCUGCCAUCUAUGCCUAGCGCAAGUGUGUUCGGCCUGAUAAACGUGUUAAAUGCAAUUGGUGUGCCAGUAGAGCAGGCAGCGCUUCUUUUUUCUCUGGAAUGGCUAAAUGAUCGGAUUCGUUGCGGCGAGACAGUCCUGUCCUCAAUCUACUGCACCGCAUUUGUAUCCCACGUGAGAGAAAAGGGUUGGCAAUCGGGCUUCUGGAAGGAUGCAAUUGACAGCGAGCCAAAUGCUGAUCCACCUGGGAGGAGGACUUGA